AUGAAAGGCAGUAGUAGGAAUAAGGAUCAUUCUACAGAAGAAGGAACUGGGAAGCGACCAAAAAGAAAGUGUCUUCAGUGGCAUCCUCUGCUUGCCAAGAAACUCCUUGACUUCUCUGAAGAGGAGGAGGAGGAAGAAGAGGAGGAAGAUAUUGAUAAGGUGCCACUCCUUGGUGCUGAUGGUUUAGAGCAGGAUGCUGAUGAGACUGAAGAUGAUGAGUCCUCAGAGCAACGAGCUCGCCGACCAAUGAAUGCAUUUCUCUUGUUCUGCAAGCGCCAUCGCUCUCUUGUGCGAAAAGAACACCCUCGGCUCGAUAAUCGUGGUGCAACCAAGAUCUUGGCAGAUUGGUGGGCUGUUCUAGACCCAAAGGAAAAGCAGAAAUACACUGACAUGGCUAAGGAAUACAAGGAUGCAUUUAUGAAGGCAAAUCCAGGGUACAAGUGGUGCCCAACGACAAACAAACCUGUGAAAACCCAGACAUCUGCUGUUACAAACAGGAAAAAGCUAUGGGCUUUUGCAUCAGAAUCUGCAAAAGAUUUGCCAAGCCCGAGGAAAGGGGCAAAAAGUGAAGAAAUGCCACAGCUUAACUUCGGGAUGGCAGAUCCUACACAAAUGGGAGGCCUGAGUAUGCUGCUUCUAGCAGGGGAACAUGCCCUGACUGCACAAGAGGUUUCCUCAAGUACUUUCCAAUCUGAUGCAAGUAAUUCUGCAGAGGCCUGUCAAAAGUCAUCAUUGUUUCAGUUUGCAGAGAUCUCUUCAAGCACGUCACAGCCUGGAGUCCCAGGAGCUGUAAAACACUCGGAGGAGUCUGCAUUGUUUCAGUUUGCUGAGAUCUCAUCAAAUACUUCCCAGUUGUCAAGUCCUGAGCCAGUAAAGCUCUGUGGGAAGUCGGCACUCUUCCAGUUGGCAGAGAUUUCUUCGAGUACAUCCCAUCCGAGUCCUUCGGAUUUAACAAAGCAGUGUGGAACAUCAGCAUUAUUUCAGCUGGCAGAGAUGUGCCUUGCUUCAGAAGGAGUAAAAGUUAAAGAACCUGGGAAAACAAAAGUGGAAACGCCAGAAGGUGUGGGAGAUGAAGUUCCAGAGGACAUGGAAGUAGAACUGGAGAAAACAACAAUAAAAGACUCCUGUAAAAGAAAAGUAGAACAGUCAGAGAGAAUGCAAAACCGGGAUGAGACAAAAGUUGAGGAAUUGGAAGCUGCAAAAUGCAGAGAUUUUACUGGUCUUGCAAUGGAGAACAGUCCUUUUGAGAGAAGUGACAACACAAAGGAUCACAGGUGCUGUUCUCCAGAGCUUUCAGCAGCUGACAUGAAUAUCCUGGGGCUAAAGCCGGAAAAGAUAAAAAAGAAAAAGAAAAAAAAUAAGAUGGACAGGCACACAAACGAAAAAUCCACCCCUAAGAAAUCUUGUAAAAAGAGGCAGUCCUCUGAGUCGGACAUUGAAAGCGUCAUGUAUACGAUUGAAGCCGUUGCAAAGGGGGACUGGGGUGUCGAGAGACUUGUGGAAACGCCCCGCAAAAAACCCCGCCCUGUCUCAAAUAUGAAGGGAAACGUGUUGGAUACAAAAUCACCAAAGAAAAAAGUGAAGUCGAAAGAGAAGAAAACGUCAAAAGAGAAACCCAUGGAGACCACCAAAGAAUCAAAGCCUCCCGAUUUCCUUAGUAUUGCACCCAGCAAGGAAGUAGCCUGUGAGGCUUCUGAUAAUAUUAAAGUGGAACCACUGACCCCAACAGAGGAGGUGGUACCCCAGAGCUUACCAGGACAGGUCAAAACAGAGGACAGUGACUGUGUUAAAAAGAUAGAAACCUGUGGCUCCAGGAAAUCAGAGAGAUCUUGCAAAGGUGCUCUUUAUAAAACUCUGGUGUCAGAGGGCAUGCUCACAUCUCUGCGUGCUAACGUGGACAGAGGAAAAAGAAGCUCAGGAAAAGGCAACUCCUCAGAUCAUGAAGGAUGCUGGAGUGAAGAAAACUGGGCUUUUUCCCCAAGUGGGACAAGUGGGAACAAAAAACUGAAAAGGCCUAAGCCAAAGGAAGACUUUGGUUUUGGCUUAGCAAAGUUGGAAGAAGAAUUUGAAAAGAAAUUCAACAGCCUCCCUCAAUACAGUCCUAUUACCUUUGACAGGAAAAAUUCAGCUGUUCCAAGGAAAAAGAGGAAGGUUGGAAGCGGCUCAUCUGAACAACCAAAAUCCAGCAAAGGUUCAUUCCAGUCUCAGAAAAAGAACUUAUUCCACAAAAUUGUCAGCAAAUGUAAGCACAGAAAGGAGAAGCUUAAUGUUCCGGACACAGGUACUGGUGCUUUACUUAGUUAA